GCGUCUGUCAGUGAAAUUUAACGUUAAGUAAAGUGUUGGUAACGUUUAUAAACAAUAAUUGUUUGCAAUAAUAUGACCGCACAACGAAUUGUAAGAGCAUUGUUCCGUUAUCUGUUAUCCACAGCGGACGACGGCGCGUCGCAAUUUUAAAAAUAAAUUAUUCAAUUGUAAAGUGAGCAUGAGUGAGGAUCCAUUAGUUUAUUUGCCAGUGGAAAGGUGGGGAGAGUUAAAAGCUGUUUUUAAAUCGGACUGGCCUCGCAGUAUAUCUGGUUUUACUAUAUUGGAAAAUAUCGAAUACAUAUUACAACAAGGUAUUGAUUAUGGAUUCAAAGUGUAUUGUCCUUACGGAGAACCGACAAACGGAAUGGUGGCUUUUAAUCGUAAGAAAACAUUCAACGAAAUCGUAAUACAAACACCAAACGAUGAUACAAGCAAACUAGAAGAAGCACUUAAGACCAGCAAAUUAAUAGACUGGACACGACAAAUUGAAAUCCCCUUCGCUCCCAAACAUGUUAUGGACUGCGUCAGAAGAAUUAAUUUGGAAAAAAAGAUGAAAACCGACAUUACGAGGACGGAAACAUUUGUUUUGGAUAAAGAUACGCCAUUAUUUGAGGAUAUUAGGUUACCAGAUGGAUUUACAUUCAAACAAUUAACACUUGAUUACAUGGAUUUAGUUGAUUCAACUUGGCCACAUAGAUAUGAUGGCUCCGAUUGGUAUUUUGAUCUUCUAACCCGAGCUAACUUAGGAUACGGAUUAUUCAAAGAAAACGACUUAAUUGCAUGGGUUUUCAUCAAAGAAAUGGGAGCUCUAGGUCAUUUGUACACACUUGAAGAGCAUAGACAAAAAGGAUAUGGUGAAAUAGUUUUAAAAUUAAUGUCAAACAUUUUGUUGGAACAAAAGAGAUAUGUUGUCGCAUUCUGUGUAGAAGGAAAUAAAAGUGCUUAUAAAUUGUAUAAGAAAUUAGGAUUUGAAAUUACUGAUGAAAUUGAAUGGUGCGCUUUAACUCCUUCUUAAAAUAUUUAUUUAGAUAAUGUUAUUACUUUAAAGAUUAUUUAAAUAAACAUAACACAAAACCUUCUAUAUAAUUGUAUCCACAAAUUUUGUAAUAACGAUAAAAAGAGAACAAUAAAA